AUGGCUUCAAGGACGUCUCCAUUCAAUUUGGCCACAUGUGCCCGUCCUAAUAUUUUGAAAUUGCAGCCCUAUCGUUGCGCAAGAGAUGACUACAAAGACGACGGCACAAACGUGCUUCUCGAUGCCAACGAGAAUUCUUAUGGCCCAGGAUUGGCUUUGAACAGUGAAGGCGCAUUGCAGACGUCCCAGACUGGCGAUGCGACAGGUGCUUCCAAGCCCGAGAUUGACUUCCUGGGCUUGAACCGUUACCCCGAUCCUCACCAGGCCGAGCUUAAGCAGCUCUUCUGCAACCUCCGUAAUACCCACCACCAUACACCCAAGACCUUGCGACCCGAGAACCUCUUCGUCGGUGUCGGAUCAGACGAAGCGAUCGAUGCCAUGCUCCGUUGCUUCUGCGUCCCUGGCAAAGAUAAGAUCCUAACAUGCCCUCCGACCUACGGAAUGUACAGUGUGAGCGCACAAGUCAAUGACAUCGACAUCGUCAAGGUGCCGCUGGAUGUGAACAACGGCUUCCACCUUCAGCCGGAUAAGGUCAACGAGGCGCUGUCCGCAGAUCCGUCCAUUAAACUCGCAUAUAUCUGCUCGCCGGGUAACCCAACCGCCAAUUUGAUCCGCAAGGAGGACAUUCGCAAAGUGCUGGAGCACCCGACAUGGAACGGAGUGGUCAUUGUGGACGAGGCAUACAUCGACUUCGCCGAGGAGGGCUCCAGCCUGGCCGAGUGGGUGAACGAGUGGCCGAACCUGGUCGUGAUGCAGACGUUGAGCAAGGCGUUCGGUCUCGCGGGUAUCCGUCUGGGUGUCGCCUACAGCAGCCCUGAGAUCACCAAGCUGCUAAAUAGCCUGAAAGCCCCUUACAACAUCUCCAGCCCGACGAGCGCCCUGGCAUCGGCGGCAUUAACGGGUCCCAACCUGGCCGUCAUGCGCCGUCACCGUGAGCAGAUCGUCGCCCAGCGCGACCGCCUGCUUCGUGAGCUACCGCAGAUCCCCGGUGUAAGCCGGUUCUUAGGAGGGUAUGACGCCAACUUCCUACUCGCGCAGAUCACCAAUGCAGAGGGCCGACCGUGCAAUGUCACCGCUCUAGCAGCUUACGAGGCAAUGGCGGAGAAGCGCGGCGUGGUGGUCCGAUUCCGGGGCAAGGAGCACGGCUGCGAGGGAUGUCUGCGCAUCACGGUCGGCACAGAGGCAGAGGUGACCAAGUUCCUGCAGGAGCUCCGGACCGUGCUGGCCGGGCUGCACGGCGGGGUCGGCAUUCAGUCACUUCGGGACGAGGCGAAACGGGAGGAUGCGGCGGCUGCGGUGGUUGGGUGA